CUCGUGUGCGGGGAUCACGUGAUUGGUGUCUGAGGGACGCCAGCAGCGACAGCAACAAAGAUUAGCAGCGGGACCCGGCGGCAGCGGCGGAGGAGCAGCAGCUGACAAGAUGCCCAAGUAUUACUGCGACUACUGCGACACCUACCUCACCCACGACUCGCCGUCCGUCCGCAAGACGCACUGCGAGGGCCGCAAGCACAAGGAGAACGUCAAGGACUACUACCAGAAAUGGAUGGAAGAGCAGGCCCAGAGCCUGAUCGAUAAGACGACGGCCGCCUUCCGCCAGGGCAAGAUCCCGCCUACCGCGCCAUUCUCGACGCCGACCGGGCCGCCCCCGGGUGGAGCUGCCAUCCCGCCGCCUCCCGGCAACGUGGGGGUGCCGCCGCCUCGCCCCUCCAUCCUACCCGGGCCGCCGAUGGGAGGGCCGCCCAUGAUGCCGAUGAUGGGCCACGCUCCGCCCGGUAUGAUGUUGGUGGGCCCGGGGAUGAGACCGCCCAUGGGUGGCCCGGUGCCCAUGAUGCCGGGCCCGAUGAUGGGGCCUCACCGGCCCAUGAUGGUGCCUUCCAGACCUGGAUUACUACGCGCGGCCAGAUAAAGCGAGGGCGGGCUGCAAGAGGGACAUUACCCGGAGCAACGUUUCCUACCCCCUACCCCCCCCCCCCCCCCGAUACCGCCGCCGUUUCAAGACCAGUUUUUCUACCAGUUGCAGCAGCCCGAUGCCUGUCUCCUUCAUUGUUAAACCACGCUAAUGUGAGCGGAUUUCGCAGCUGCCAAUCUGAAUUGUAAUGGCCAAUUCAGAUUUACUUACCACACCGGACUUGGUUUUGCAAGAAACGGCUUACGUCAUAUUUUUCUGGUUGUACGAUUAUUAUUUUUUUCUUCCCCAAAUAUAUUUGACGGACAAAAGACAGGCUCUAAUUGCCCAUUAUUUUUCGGUCUUACGAUGCCACACUUUUUGGCCGGAAAAUAAAGAUGGAUGGUUGAAAAUCCUUGUUCUUUUGAAGGUCUAACUUUUAUCAACAAAAUGGAAGACCUCUAAAGUCCACAGAAAGUGGUUGACCCAUUUGAUUAAAGGUGUUUGUCCAAAUACUGAUUUAACAUGUAUAUCCAGUUCUUGUGUUCUUCUAUAUUUGUCUUUUAAGCAGAUAAAUCAACUGGUGGAAACCUUUACUUGAAAGUGCACUGUUAUUAAAACACAAUAAUUAGCUAUACUUUGUUUUGCCAUCUUUAACUAGCGGAAAUAUUGAAUUUUUUAGUUUUUAAUAAACAUACUUUGGUUGACC